UUGAGGAAAAAUACCUUGGAGGGAGAGAGAGAGACUGAGGGAGUGGGUGGGGGGGAGUGCAGAAAGAAAGAAAUGAUUAGAUUGGAGAGUGUGAGAGAGGUGCACUAUUGAGCAAGUGGAGAAGAGAGUGUGGAGGAGGCGAAGUGGAUGCAGCUGAAUUAGAGAGGGGAAAAAAGUGCAAGCCCGGGUGGAUGUACUAUAACGGAUGGACGGAAGGACAGAUGGACGGACGGACGGAGCAACCCAUGGAUGUAUGCUGAACGUCGAGAGACCGGGAGACGAGCGAGCGAGCAUCUGCAUCCCCUUGUGUGUGUGAGAGAGAGCGCGCCGCAGUGAGGCAGGAAAAUAGCGCACGGUCCUCAGCCUCAGCCAGCGGAGUUGACGGGGGGGACCUUGUCCACAACACAUUGGUAUUCAGCGGACGGAAGCGCCACGAUCUCACUGCGCCUUUCCCCAGGAUGGAAUCACAGAGCGGGGAUUGUGCGUGGCACUGGAGAGCCCCCCUCUGAUGGAUGUGAAGGUGGAAACGGAGUGCAGUGGCAGCACGCACCCCUGGGCGACUGCUCGCUAAACUGGUACCAGCACAGUCAGGAAGGCCCUUUGGAAGAGUACAUUGGCCAGCCAAAGCCAUCGACCCGUUGAGCAGAUAAUUCAGCUUGUCGAGGAUCAUCACAGACCAAAUAGGCUACAGUGAUGCCCCAGCAAGGCGGUGGAGCCUUCAGACACGUCCAGAGCCAUCUCCCGGAUAUCCUGUUGAGAUUGCAACAUUUGGCCGCAGACCCUCUCUUCCACAUCGAGUAAUUGAAAAUACCCAUCUCCUCCAGAGAAGACUUUGUGUCCCGAUUCGCUUGUCAGGGCAGGAGGAGAGCUCAUAUUUAUGAGGAACAAUUUUAUCCCUCUUUUUUCCCUUCCUCUGUUCUCUCUUACCCUGUAGUUAUUGUUUAGCAAGAUAAAGCACAGUGCAAUUGUUUUUCAUCCUGAUGGAGUAGACUGUCUGCAAUAGAUAACGAACAGGUAGAAAAGAGAGAGAAAUAACAAGGGUUCUUAAAAGCCUCUUGUUUCGGACUGCGAUGGACCGGGUAGAGAGCGGGAAGGUUUAGAAACCCGCCGAUGGAAAGAUGACUCGGUAAACAGGUAGACAGACGGGAAGACUGACAGACAGGCGAGGCAUGCGACUCAUUGUCAUUCCGAGCGGCGUGUGAGCGGGGGAGAAAAGGGACCGCGAGGAGGGUAGGGUAGAGGCGACGGCGGCCCUGUUUUUGCAGCAGGCCUGCCUGCGCUAAUAGAACAGGUGGAAGGCAGGAAGGAAGCACGGGAGGAAAGAGAGCAGGUGUGCCGAACCCUCCUCUUCGUCUGCUUGCCGUUUACUCUUUUAUGGCCCCUUCUUCAGUCAGCUGGAGAGGUGAUUGCUUUCCCGACGAAGAAGCCGUUUGCUCGCUCUCUCUCAUGUCACGACCCAAACGAAAGAAAAACAUGCCUCGCUAUUGAUCAGACCCUGAGGGAUUAUUUUUGUUUCCAUCGCACAAUAAACACAGAAAUCCUGCGGAUUGCUUCAGAGUGUCCUACGCAGCACCCCACCAUCUAAUAAGUGACAUACCAUGCACCCCUCUGGCUCCCCCAAGGCCGACCCCCUUGGCUGAGGCUGAAGCCUGCAGGUCUCAGAUCUCGGUGCCAGUUCUCCCCCACUUUUUCUCCUGCUGCAGCGCUUCUGAUUACCGUCUUCAUUCCUUCUGUGGUGGUACAGGCAGCCAGCAGACCAUUCUCCAUGAGGAGCAGUAGAAGAUGCCGGCUCUGCCAGCACUGUUGCUGUCAAUACACUUCCUGUUCUUGCUCCUGCUAGCCAGCAUGCCGCCACGCUCGCUCUGUCAGACCCCUGUACUUUCCGCUAUUCGCAUGGCGGCCAUUUUGGACGACCAGUCGGUGUGUGGGCGCGGCGAGCGUCUGGCUCUGUCGUUGGCUAGGGAAAACAUCAACAGCCUGAUGGAGGAUCCGGCCCGAGCUCGAGUGGAGGUGGACAUCUUCGAGCUGCAGAAAGACUCCCAGUAUGACACCACUGACACCAUGUGUCAGAUUCUACCCAAAGGUGUCGUGUCGGUGAUAGGUCCUGCGUCCAGCCCCGCCUCUGGCUCCACUGUCAGUCACAUAUGCGGCGAGAAGGAGAUACCGCAUGUGAAGAUCGGCCCGGAGGAGACACCCCGCCUGCCGUACCUCCGGUUUGCCACCGUCACCUUGUAUCCCAGCAAUGAGGACCUGAGCCUGGCUAUCGGGGCCAUCCUGCGCUCCUUCAGCUACCCAUCGGCCAGCCUGGUUUGUGCCAAGGCCGAAUGCCUGCUGAGAUUGGAGGAACUGGUGCGCCGCUUCCUCAUCUCCCGCGAGACGCUGUCAGUCAGGAUGCUGGACGACAACCUGGACCCAACCCCGCUGCUCAAGGAGAUCCGCGACGACAAAGUCGCCACCAUCAUCAUCGACGCCAACGCCUCUGUCUCCUACCUCAUCCUGAAGAAGGCAUCCGAGUUGGGGAUGACAUCACCAUUCUACAAGUACAUCCUCACUACCAUGGACUUCCCACUCAUGAGGCUGGAUGACAUCGUGGAUGAGCAGUCUAACGUAGUGGGCUUCUCCAUGUUCAACACCACCCAUCCCUUCUACCUAGAGUUCAUCCGCAGCCUCAACCUGUCAUGGAACGAGGGCUGCGACCUGUCCUACCCGGGCCCAGCGCUGUCGUCAGCCCUGAUGUUUGAUGCGGUGCACGUGGUGGUGGGGGCGGUGAGGGAACUGAACCGCAGUCAAGAAAUUGGAGUGAAGCCGCUCAGCUGCACCUCGCCUCAGAUAUGGCAACAUGGGACCAGUCUUAUGAACUACCUGCGCAUGGUGGAGUACGACGGCCUAACGGGGCACGUGGAGUUCAACAGCAAAGGUCAGAGGACCAACUACACCCUGCGGAUCCUGGAGAAACACAGAGGAGGCCACAAAGAGAUUGGGAUCUGGUACUCCAACAACACCUUGGCGAUGAACUCCACCAGCCUGGAUAUUAAUGUGUCGGAGACGCUUGCCAACAAGACCCUCAUUGUCACCACCAUUCUGGAAAACCCGUAUGUGAUGCGCAAGGACAACUACCAGGACUUCCAAGGCAACGACCAGUACGAGGGCUUCUGCGUGGACAUGCUGAGGGAGCUGGCGGACAUCCUCAAGUUCUCAUUCAAGAUCAAGCUGGUGGACGACGGGCUGUACGGUGCCCCCGAGCCCAACGGCUCCUGGACGGGCAUGGUCGGAGAGCUUAUCAACAGGAAAGCCGACCUGGCCGUGGCGGGCUUCACCAUCACGUCGGAGCGGGAGAAAGUGAUCGACUUCUCAAAGCCCUUUAUGACCCUGGGGAUCAGCAUCCUAUAUAGGGUUCAUCUGGGUCGUAAGCCGGGUUACUUCUCCUUCCUGGACCCUUUCUCGCCGGCCGUCUGGCUCUUCAUGCUGCUCGCCUACCUGGCUGUGAGCUGCGUGCUCUUCCUGGCUGCAAGGCUGAGCCCCUACGAGUGGUACAACCCUCACCCGUGUCUGCGAGAACGACGGGACAUGCUGGAGAACCAGUACACGCUGGGCAACAGUUUAUGGUUCCCCGUCGGCGGCUUCAUGCAGCAGGGAUCCGAAAUAAUGCCCAGGGCCUUGUCCACCAGAUGUGUCAGUGGAGUGUGGUGGGCAUUCACCCUCAUAAUCAUCUCGUCAUACACGGCCAACCUGGCCGCUUUCCUGACCGUGCAGAGGAUGGAGGCCCCCAUCGAGUCCCCGGAUGACUUGGCCGACCAGACCAACAUCGAAUACGGGACCAUCCACGGAGGCAGCACCAUGACUUUCUUCAUGAACUCUCGCUACCAGACGUACCAGCGCAUGUGGAACUACAUGAACUCCAAGCAGCCCAGCGUGUUCGUCAAAAGCACCGAGGAGGGCAUCGCCCGGGUGGUCAAUUCCAAGUACGCCUUCCUGAUGGAGAGCACCAUGAACGAGUACCACCGCGGCCUCAACUGCAACCUCACGCAGAUCGGGGGCCUGCUGGACACCAAGGGAUACGGCAUCGGCAUGCCGCUGGGUUCGCCAUUUCGAGAUGAGAUCACGCUGGCCAUCCUCCAGCUGCAGGAGAACAACAGACUGGAGAUCCUGAAGAGGAGGUGGUGGGAGGGAGGACAGUGUCCCAAAGAGGAGGACCAUCGUGCCAAAGGUCUGGGCAUGGAGAACAUUGGGGGCAUUUUUGUGGUACUCAUCUGCGGCCUCAUCAUUGCUGUGUUUGUGGCCAUCAUGGAAUUUGUAUGGUCAACACGCCGCUCGGCAGAGACCGAUGAGGUAUGCCCCCAUACCUGCCCUCGUCGAACCCACAGACACACCCCAGUGUCUGUCUGUCAGGAGAUGAUCACAGAGUUCCGAAACGCCGUCUCCUGUAAGAAGAGCGCUCGCUUGCGCCGCCGCCGCCCAUUCAGUAGCUCGGCAGCGGCCCUGCGCCACCCGAACCGCAUUGCCCUAGGGGCCCCGCGGCCUCUGCGAUUGGUCCGAGAGAUGCGCCUGAGCAACGGCAAACUCUACAGCGGUGCCGGCCCCCUCACCGGCGGGGCCGGAGGAGGAGGCGCGGGGCCACCUGACCUGGGCCCAGGUCCCCAGCGGCUCCUCGAAGAUCCCCUCGGAGCUAACGCCACCCCUCCUCCGCCGGCGCCCACCCCGAUGCCGCUGCCCAGUCGCAGUUGCACCCACGUGAGGAUCUGCCAGGAGUGCCGUCGCAUCCAGAGCCUGAGAUCGGACAGCAAUUUGGGUUCAACAAUCUCGAGGAUACCGCCGUCGUCGGCGCCCCUGCCCCGGCUGCCCCCACCGCCUCCCCCGUCCUCGUCCAACACGGACAGCGAGGGCGGAGGGGGUCCCAGCCCCGGGCGGCUGCACAGUCCCCCGCAUCACACCACCCGGCCCAUUCCUCUUCAACAGAACCUGAACAAAGCGGACCUAUUAGUGGACCAGGCCUGAGAGGGGAGGCAAGGUACUGCUUAAUCCCGAAACAGUGAAAAAAAAAAAAAUGGGAAGAUGAAGGAAUGAAGAAAAAUUAACCAGUGGAUACAAAAACACGGAAACUUGACCUUGAAGCCUACCGAAACAGCAGUGGCUUGCUCGCAUGCGCUUUUUAACACUCCCGUUUGGACAAAAACUGAUGGAAGUGUUCGUGGCAAGACCGUGCUUUUGAUUUUUUUACCUUUCUCCAUUCGAGUGACGCAUUUUUUUUCUCCUUUUUUCUUCCGAAGACACAUUCCGGAAGCUAACGAUACACUCGCUGGGGGACGUGUUGUACCUGUUUGCUGUUUUAAAUCGAACAGAAAAACUUCCUGAGGAUUAUUACAUGUUUUAUUCAUUCUUUGUCUUGUUUUGUUACCAUUUGUUCUAAGUGGAAGUUCAAUAAAAAGCCUUCAAUGUGACAAUUGCAGUGGAUUACGACAAUGACAGCAAGAAACAUGACUGCGGCUAAUUGUGUUUGAGAGUUUUGUGUCCCUCCCUUUGUCGCCGCCGCUAUUGGAAGGAUGGAAUUCAACAUUGUGCAAUUGCAAGAGUCUGGUUUGUAGUUCAUUCUUACUGGUGUGUGUGUGAGGAUUUAAAAUGAGCAGAACCUGUGGCGAGCAGCACAGCACCCUUCUAUUAAAGUCUCGCGGGAGGGUUUAAAAUAGGGAAUGAAUGUCCCUCGUUAAGCAGUUCCCUUGCCCGGGAGAUAUAAGGUAAGACAGAAGGAAACUAAAAAAGCAGCUAGGUCUUCAUCCUCUGUGAUUAGACGGGUCCUGAUCCUUUAAUUCUGGGAAUGUUUUUAAAGGCAGUUGUUAAUGCGCCAGCAAGCUGUGACUGCAGCUACAGACUUGGCUGUCCGGCGCGAAGGCCUUCUGCCAGAAUGAUAGACUCAACACAGCCUCGUCAAUACUGUCUCAAGCUUUUGAUUGCCUAAUUACUCCUCUCGCCUGGCCGGGGGAAGUUCUUGGGAAUUGAGCACGUUGAUGGCAUACUGAUGACUGGAUUGAGAAGAAAUAUGUUUUUCGGUUGGGUAAAACGACUCUCUUUUUUAAUUGCAAGUUGUUAAUGUUACGAGGCCCUGUCCUUUAGAGAAAAAUGCUAAAACAGGACCAGGACUGGUUUAAAACUGUGGCGAAUGGACUGUAUUUAUAUGGCGCUUUAUCCACACCAUCACAUGCCCAAAGCGCUUUACAAAGACUCACAUUCACACACCAGUGGGUGGCUGCUGCCGUGCAAGGCGCUGCCGGGCCCACUGGGAGCAAAUUAGAGUUCACUGUCUUGCUCAAGGACACUUCUACAAGCGGAGGGCCGGACCCAGGAUUCGAACCAGCUACCCUUCGGCCACUGGACGACCCGCUCUACCUACUGAGCCACAGCUAAACUGACAAUACACUGGAACCCCUAAUGGUCUUAACCCUUCAACGGAACCCUAGCUCCCUCACACCUCUAAACAUAACCCAAAACGUUUACCCUUUAAACCUAAACCACUAACUCAUUAACUCUUAACUGACCCCUAAAACCUACCCCUGAAACACCUGACUGUCAGCACCAACCCUGAUAACCGUAAAAUAAAAGCACUAGCCAACAAACCACUUUAACUUUCUCCCUUAACCCUGAAAAUCUUAACUGCCAAUCACCUAAAACCUAAACCCAAACCACCUCACCACCAACCCUGAUCGAUACCCCUCACCAUUUAACCCCUAAAGCACUAACCGUUUUUAUAAAAUCCCUCAACGGUACCACUAGCUUAUAUAAACCUUAUAUACGUGAUCACCUUGUCCCAGCACACACCUUAAACCAUAAUCCAUAUCCCUUACCCUUUAACCCAAACCCCUUAAGAGUAUCCCUCAACUUCCUAAACCACCAGCAAGGACACCCUUUAAACCUUGUCGCCGAACCACAAACCUAUUAACAUGAACAAUAAACCCAAUCUAUGUCUCUUACUCUUCAGCCCUAAACCACAACACAAGUCAUAAAGUUCCCUAACCUUAUCCUAUGUCACUUAUCUUGAACCCUUAGCUGUUUAUCCCCCCCUAAACACCUAACUCUUACAACUUGAUUGUAAAGCCCUCCGUGCCUAAACCCUAACCAUCUAACAUCUUAACAUUAUUUAUAAAACCUAAUCCAUAUCUCUUAGCCUUCACCCUGAACCAUUAACACUAUCUUCCCCAAAACCACCACUACCACCAAUGAUCUUCCUAAACAUUGUCGUGAAACCAUAAGCCCCUUACCAUUAACCCUAAACAAUGGUCCCCAAACCCUCUUAAACCUUUCCUAAACUGAGCAUCAGCGUGACAUCCCUUAAAAUUUAACGCUAUCCCCUGCCAAACCAUAAACCCUAAUCCAUAUCACUUACAUCUUCACUCUAAACCCAUAACCCUAACCACCAAAACACCAUUAGCCCUUUAACUCCCUAACAGCCUAAACCUCGACCAUCAACCCUCUUAAACCCUAAACCUCUAACCCUGGUCACCAAACACCUUGACCUUUACAAUAAACCUAGGCCCCUGAGCACCAGCAUGACAACCUUGAAAUUUAGCCCCUAAACCUUUAUCCAUACUCGUUACCUUUUAACCCAAAUCGACAAACCCCAUAACCACUAACUUCCCUGUCUUCCUAAGCCUUGACCAUAACAAAUGUAAACCCCAUACCCCUUGGUCGAAACCCUUAACCAUGAAUCCCCUUGACCAUGAAGCCCUCAGCUACUAAACCCAUAAUCUGAACCCUAACCCGCCCACGCACCAAAGGCUAAAAGUUAGUGCCUCAAUAACUACCUGACCACCACCCAAACCCCUUCAACCUGUUCUUGAAGCCUCCUCAUUUCAACUCAGAGCCUUAACACCCCUUCCCCCAUCCCUUCAGUGACUGUGACAACAAGGGUUCCAUCGAAAUUUAGCCGGAAUACAGGACGCGUGCCCCUCUGCUUGGAAUCGUAUAGCAGUCAGGAAUAUGACAAGAACGUUUAAGUCCGGUCCUGUUGAAGUUGGUUGAAACAACAACGGUGUCUGUUCCGUCCUUCAAUUCAGUCCCUAUUUAGCUGCUGAGAUAUUCCCAGCACAUUGCCCAGAGGAAACUAAAUGAAGGGAAUUGUUGAAUGUUGUAAAAUUCCCAGCUCACUUGUUCUCUGUUCAUGUUUAUUUGUGUCCUGUCUUUGAAGUUGCUGAUGCGAAACCUUCUGACAGCCACCAGUUUCCAUGUUUUUUGUUGUUUUUCUUUCCCCGCCUUUGGGCGGAGCACUUUUGUAGGAUAUCACCAUAAUGAUUUCUUGAAAGUGGCGUCCACCUCGGACCGAAUUUCAGCAUUUUCCCUCCCUUGCGAUCACAGCAGAUGUCUCUGAAAUUAUCCUGUGGUGUAGUGUGUGUACGAGUGAUGUUUGUUUUCUCCCUGAUCUAGACAAUGGCUGUAACGGAGUAUACACAUACCGAUAAUAGGAGCCUUGAGCCUUUUUUCCCCUCCUACGCGAUCCAAGUCAGUCAAGGCACAAUUCACAGAUGUCUCUGAAAGAUUAUCCUUAAUGAUUAUCCUGUGGUGUCUUAAGAAUAUUGUUUUCCUCCCCAAUUAGACAGUAAACCAUUGUCACACAUAGCAACAACCAGGUCAUAUUUAAACAUCCUCCCCCCCUUCCGAUCAGACUCAGUAAAAGCCCCAUUAUGGGAUACCUCUGAAAGGUGUGCGCAGGAGUGAUUUUUGCUCCCUGGUCUGCUCGGAAAACAGUUGAGGCAGACAAUUGUAAAGCGUUGUAAACACAUACAGAUAAUCGGGUCAAAUUUGAGCUUUUUCCCUCCUUGCAAUUAUUCUGACAGUUUGAUUAUUCUGUGGUGUGGGGUUUGUUCAGAGGGAUUUUUUUUCCUCUCCAGUCUGCUGGGAAAGUGGUCACAUGUGACAGUCGUAAUUGUUAAACCUGUUCAAUAUUUACGAUCUCAGACCCUUAUGAGUACAAUCAAAACGUUGUUCGGCCAAGCCACCAACUCUGUGAUUGUGAUAUGGUAAGCUAGUGAGCCUAGCUUCUUCUGUUCUUCUUCUUUUACUAUUGCUGCUACUUUUCAAGAACGACUCUUCCUUAUAUUUUCUGUCAUUUUGGUUCCCCUUUGACACCGUGCUCCCUAUUGCAGGUCAGUCUUGGUACUACGACAACCAUCACCAUUUGUGUGAGUACACCACACACUAAAACCGUUUUGAGCGGAAAAAAAUGGACGGACGGAUGUGUGGGGGGUCUCACAUUUUAAAAAUCAUCAAGAGGUUAACAAUCUGUGUGUGUGUACCCCCGCUUUAACAGUAGACUCCAUCCGAGCUUCAUUCCGCUUCCCUUUCAAGUGCAGAGGUGACGUUAAAAAAAAAAAACAACAAAACAAAUCAUUACUGGAACUCACAGCCGUCUGCAAUCAAGCCUGUUGUCCAAAAGCAUUUUGUACAAAAUGUCUUCUUUGUGUAUGUUUGAUAAAUAUUUUUUUUCCGCUUUCCAUUUUCUCUGCCAGCUUCAAAUCAACACAAUUAUGAGACUGGCAAGAAGAAAAGCAAACGUAUGUCAACUCUGUAUAAAAAUCAAGGGGAAGGGAGGGUCACAAAACAAAUAGGAUGUCUCGAGUGGUCACUCAUGCAAAAAAAAAAAAAAAAAGCGGGGGGGGGG